AUGCAGAGGGACAACCUCUCAACAGUGUCUGAAUUUGUUCUCAUAGGCCUUUCUGAUGCUCCACAGGUCCGUUUUCUCCUCUUUGUGCUGUUUCUGACCAUUUACUUGGCCACUGUGGCAGGCAACAUCACAAUCCUCCUUGCUGUCAGCACAGACACCCACCUGCACAACCCCAUGUACUUCCUCCUCAGCAACUUAUCCCUGCUGGAUAUCCUGUGUCCUACUGUCACUGUGCCCAAAAUGCUGGGGGCCUUGCUGUUUGAGAACAAGGUGAUUUCCUUCAAGGGCUGCCUGUUCCAGCUGUUCUCCCUCAUUGAUGUGGUAGGCACAGAGAUCUUUCUCUUGGCUGUGAUGGCCUACGACCGCUACGUGGCCAUAUGCCACCCCCUGAAGUACCUGAACAUCAUGAGCAUGAAGCUGUGUGCUCACCUGGCCAUUGGCACCUGGGUGGCAGGGUUUUUUAACUCCCUCUUGCACACCUCUUUGAUUUUUACACUGGUUUUUUGUGAUUCUAACCAAGUGGAGCAAUAUUACUGUGACAUUCCUCCCAUGCUGGGUCUCUCCUGCUCGCCUACCCGGAGCAGGGAGCUGGUGAUUCUGGCAGUCGCUGGGGUGCUGGGGAGCGGCGCCUUUGUGGUCACUCUGAUCUCCUAUCUCUACAUCCUCCUGGCCAUCCUGUCCAUGAACUCCUCGGAGAGCAGGCACAAAGCCUUCUCCACCUGUGGUUCUCACCUGACCGUGGUUUGCCUUUUCUACGGGACUACCAUCUGCACGUACGUGCGCCCGUCCUCCACCUACUCCCCUCGGCGGGAUCGGGUCGUUUCCAUGCUCUAUGGAAUCCUCACCCCCCUGCUGAACCCCAUCAUCUACAGCCUGAGGAACAAAGAGGUGAGGUGUGCCCUAAGGAGAGUGAUCAGCCAGGUGAGAAGUGCUUUAACAGGACAAGAACACCUUGCCCAGCCUGUGGCGUCCUCUGGAGCUCCAGCAGCUGAAUAG